CUGGGUGGAUGACAUCAUGGGCUAGGGAACAGUGAGCAGCCAGUGAAGCAUCCAGCCUGCCGAACAAGCUUGCUUUUUAGGGUCAGGAACUGGUCUGACAAGAGAAUGGCAAUCCUGCCUUUAAACUGUCAUUAGGACUGUACGGUUGACGAUGAGCCUACCGCAGCUCCAGACCCAAAGGCGAGAGACUGAGCAAGAGAAUGUGAAGACAUAUUUCAGGACAUUGUGAGUGCCACUAAAGAUGUCUGAUAGUGUCGAUAUUGAAGAGAAACCACCAGCCCCCCCCUUGAGAAUGAACAGUAGUUCCCGAGACUCUUCAUCAGUGAAUCACGCCUCUAAACCGCUUCCAAUGGCUCCUGAAGAGAAAAACAAGAAGGUCCGUCUGCGCUCCAUCUUCCCCGGGGGAGACAAGACAAACAAGAAGAAGGAGAAGGAACGUCCUGAGAUAUCCCUACCCUCAGACUUUGAACACACCAUUCAUGUUGGCUUUGAUGCUGUAACAGGAGAAUUCACAGGUAUCCCGGAGCAGUGGGCGCGGCUCCUACAGACCUCAAACAUCACCAAGCUGGAGCAGAAGAAGAACCCACAGGCCGUGCUGGACGUCUUAAAGUUCUACGACUCCAAAGAGACCGUGAACAACCAGAAAUACAUGAGCUUCACCUCUGGAGACAAGUCGGCGCAUGGGUACAUAGCAGCAAACACUCUGAACCGACUGCUGUCAUCUGGGCCUCCUGUCAGCCUUAGAACCUGCAGCGCAUUAUUUGACAAGGGUGCCAAAACAUCAUCGUCAGAGCCCCCAAUCGCUCCACCCGUGUCAGAGGAGGAGGAUGAGGAGGAAGAGGAAGAGGAGGAGGAGGAGGAAGAUGAGGACGACGACGAUGAACUGCCCCCGGUCAUUGCGCCGCGGCCCGAGCACACCAAAUCUAUCUACACGCGCUCUGUCAUGGACCCACCAAAGCCUCCCACCCCUGUGAAAGAAGUGUUGACUCCGCCGGAGUCGCAGGUCCAGCCGGAGAACACGUCCAACACAAUGUAUCGCCACACUGACCGCCAGAGGAAGAAGUCCAAAAUGACAGAUGAGGAGAUACUGGAGAGACUCAGGAGUAUUGUGAGUGUGGGGGAUCCCAAAAAGAAGUACACGCGCUUCGAGAAAAUAGGACAAGGAGCGUCUGGCACUGUGUACACUGCCAUCGACAUAGCAACCGGCCAAGAGGUGGCCAUUAAGCAGAUGAACCUGCAGCAGCAGCCCAAGAAAGAGCUGAUCAUCAAUGAGAUCUUGGUGAUGAGGGAAAACAAGAACUCCAAUAUAGUGAACUACUUGGACAGUUACUUGGUGGGAGAUGAACUAUGGGUGGUGAUGGAGUAUUUGGCCGGUGGCUCAUUGACAGAUGUAGUGACUGAGACCUGCAUGGACGAGGGCCAGAUUGCUGCGGUCUGCAGAGAGUGUCUUCAAGCUCUGGACUUUCUACACUCCAACCAGGUGAUCCACAGAGACAUAAAAAGUGACAACAUCCUCUUGGGUAUGGACGGAUCCGUCAAGCUCACCGAUUUCGGCUUUUGUGCUCAGAUCACUCCAGAGCAGAACAAGCGCAGCACGAUGGUGGGAACGCCCUACUGGAUGGCACCAGAGGUGGUGACUCGGAAGGCUUAUGGUCCAAAAGUGGAUAUCUGGUCUCUGGGAAUCAUGGCGAUAGAGAUGGUGGAGGGAGAACCGCCCUACCUGAAUGAGAAUCCACUCAGGGCACUGUACCUGAUAGCUACCAAUGGGACUCCAGAGCUGCAGAACCCAGAGAGGCUGUCGUCUGUGUUCAGAGACUUCCUCAACCGCUGUCUGGAGAUGGAUGUGGAUCGCAGAGGCUCUGCCAAGGAGCUGCUACAGCAUUCCUUCCUCAAGCUGGCAAAGCCUCUCUCCAGCCUGACGCCUCUGAUUGUAGCUGCGAAGGAAGCCAUAAAGAACAGCAGUCGCUAGGGAGUGCCCUCUGUCCGCACCCGAGGCUGGAGCCCUGCCUGUGUUGUGUGCGUUCAUGGGGGCGGGGAGCAGGGCGGGGCAGGCAGGGACUUGGGUGUACGGGUGGCGGGUGACGUGACAGUGACAGCACAAGGAGGAGGAGGGUGGGAUGGUGGGGGGUGGGGGGUUUGUGUGACUUACGGUGACAGCACAAGGACAAAAGACCCCCAGGCCUCAUAUGUAGAACGGACAUCUGGCCUUGCAGCCUCUCGGCCCAUGCUGCUGAAAAGACCUUGCCUCUUUGUUUACUUCUCCAGCACUCUCUGUACAUGUAGAGCAGUCCAUCACAAGUAUGUGUGCGUGUUUGGGCGCGUGUAUGUGUGUGUGUGUGCAAAAACUGUGCACAUCUCUUUGUGUCAUACGUCUUGUUUGGGAAGUGGUCGCUCCCCAAACUCCAAAAAAAAAAAAAAUAAUCAUAACGAAAAAACAAAAAGGGUGAAAAAAUUUGAAAAGGAAGUGUGCUCAGUUUCAGCUUCAGGAGUGAAGAGGAGAAACUUAACAAAACUGAAGAGCCCUCGAUUCCUUCCUUGGCCAGCUGUAGGCUUGGUUUUCUUUCCUCUAGCCCCUCCACGGAGCACGAUCAGGCCACACCUGCACCUGCAGUGACCAGCUGAUGUGAGAGAGUGACUCUGGACCCAACCUUUGCCUGCAUGACUACGGCUCUGUGCAGAAACACUGCUACUCCUCUGCAGAUUGUCACAUCUCAAGGUGGUAGAUUUUUGUGUACAUGUGUAUGAGUGUGUGUGUGUGAAUGUGUGUAGGGGUGCAGCUACAGGGGAAAAAGUCAGGAAUAAUUUCACAUGACCUAUGCCAGCUUUAAACAUCCUUCAGUAAUCUGCGUCAUGUCAGUGAAGAGAUACGGGUCUCGCAUUUCAUUUGAGAAGGCUCCUCUCAGACAGUCUCUCUCAGAAAGUUUAUGAAGGUUACCUGCAGUUAAUUUACUGACUUUCUUCCCUAACCUUACCACAUAUAAUCAGAUUUAAUGCUCUGCCUGUUUAAAAUAUUGAAACACUGUGCAAACAUUACAUUUUAAAUAUAUAAAAUGCACAAUUUCUUUUUGAUUCCAACGGUUAAGUGUUACAUAUUUUACUGUUGUGAUGCAGUGACAGACACAUGAUCACACUGACAUAUAGAUUACAUGUCACAUAUUUAAAUCUAUAGACUAAAAUAGUGCACAUUCACAGUCAGAUGGGGUCAGGGUCAGGGUUUCAAGCAUUUCAUCUGCUAAUUACACAGAUUACACAUUUUAAAAUACACAUACACUAUGGCAUUCAUUUUGUACAAGCAUCUCAAAUAGGAUUAUCCACACUAGUAUUUGUGGCUUUCUUUUUUUCCCUUCAUGAUGUACCAUGUUGUAAAUAACAUCAGAAUAGGGCAGACAAAUCAGCAUAAUUUAUGUCAAGCCCUUCUUUUUAUUUCAUCUAACAAUUAAUUAUGAAAUAGCAGGAAAGACAAAUACUAGAUCAGAGACUGAACAGAAAUAUAAAUAUUUUCAUAUAAAUAUCUGUAUUUGGUGAUGGAUAGUCCUCUUCAAGGUGCUGACACACAGUGGAUAGUGUGUAACUGUAAAUCCCAGUGUUUUAAGAUUUUCAAAUGAGUGCUUGUUUUAAUAACAGUAGCAAACAGAAGGUCAUGUGAUUAGUCAGAUGGACGUCCAGUGCAACAUUUUUUCAGUUUAGCUAUGUCCCAAGCAUCCUUUACAAAAAUCAAUACGCUCAAUCUAAAAUAUCAGUCAAAAUAAUAGUCUGCAACAAGACAUAUAGGGAGAGAGAGAUUUUCCUCAUCAUGUAAUUAAUCCAUGAUUUGAACAGUUAUUUAUGGCGACUGUUGUCCUAUAUGGAAAAUGAGUAUAAGCAUGUGACAUUAGUACAUCUUGUGGUCUUGCAGUCUACAUUAUAUGACUGUGACAAUACAUGUUUGGACUGAUCUUUUCAGGUGAUAUUUGACAACAUUCAUGUCUACUAAGGGACUGGGCACCAACUGUUCUCCUCAUCCACCUGCCCCCUCCCUCUCCCUCUCCUUUGGUACUUCAGUGCAGCUCAUUCAUGCUUCAGUGUCCUUUUGUCUUUCAAUGGUGUCUUAUGUGACUUUUCUCGCGUGACCUGUGCGUUUUUGUAUUGAGUGUUUUUUUGGAGGUGCAUGCUGAUUAGAGAAGGAGGGGAAUGUUAUCCACUGACCGAAGUAGUGAGUGCCAUUUCAUGAUUGUACCUCGUCCCUAAUGAGCACUGAAAAUCAGAAACCGUAGUAGAGGUUCAUGCUGUUUCCUAACAUUCCCUCCACACACCCCUGUUGGCAUUUAAACUUGAUUCCUGUUCAGAAGUUAUCUCCUUUGUGUCUGUGUUUGGUAGCUUCGUCAGGCGUUUCCCAUGUAGCAUCCCUCUGUGCGUGAGCGUGUGUGUGCUUGUGUGUGUGUGUGUGUGUGUGUGUUAGGGGGCUACCUCAAUCUGCACUAGAAGAUGCCUCACUCGUGUUGUCCACCUUAACUUUGAGGUGCAGGGUAGCUGCUUAGUCAUAUUGUACCUCCAUUGUACAGCAAAUGUACAGAAGAUGAAGGAGUGACGUUAGACAGGAGGAUGCAACAGAAUUCAUGCAUGUAAAACAAACUAUACACUGUAUCUCAUCUUCAAAUAGGUUAAGAUUGUUAGGAUAUGUAUGUAUGUAUGUAAAUAUGAUGGGAAAACCCCCCUUUUUCAGAAUUAUGUAACUUAAAAAUGACAAUAUUCAGGUUGCUCUAUGGUAUGUAUCAAUAAAUGUUUUGCACCCUGGAAAUCAAAAAAGAGAACAACAAAAA